UUGGAAAAUGUGCUUGUGUGAUUCGAAUAUUAUUUGAUUUUAUUUCAAAUGAAAGUGAAAACAAAAUAACAACUAAUUUCAGUGAAAUCGAUGUUUUGUUGACCAUAAAUAUUAACACUUAAAACAUAACCACUAAGAAUGGCAGACGAAGAAAUUAAUGGUGAUACCGACGAUAUCCAGCAUGACAAAGAUAAAACCCAAAAGAAGACUGCAAAGCACGAUAGUGGAGUUGCAGAUCUAGAAAAAGUCACAGAUUAUGCUGAAGAAAAAGAAAUAUCGUCACAGGAUAUCUCGGGGGCUUUAUCACUCAUAGGCGACAGAAGAAACAAAGAGGCUGCUGAAAGAUUGGAAAAAGAGAAGGAGUUACAAAAAGUUUCUGUAAAAAAAGACGAUAUAGAAUUAAUUGUUAAAGAAAUGGAAAUCUCGAGGAUUCUAGCAGAGAGAACAUUGCGGGAACACAGAGGUGAUGUUGUUGCGGCAUUAACAACACUCACCAAUUAGUUCUUAUUACCAACAAGUGAUAUAUAAAUGUUAAAUAGACUUUUGUAUCCACUA